CGUUGCAGUUACAAAUUAUACAAACAGCAAAUAUGUCUUUCCCUCCAUCCAAAGAAUUUCAGGCAAUUCCCUGGGAAAAAGGAAUGCGACUCGGCCCUGGCAGACGCUUUCCAGAUACCUUUUUGGACAGGCUCGGUGAAAUAAAAGUAAAGACGGGCUCUGGUACUGUGGAAGACCCUUUGGUCCUUUGGCCUCUCCCGGGUCCCUGGACAAGCAGAGGCCAUAGGCAAUCCGUAAUCAUGGACAUAGUCAAGCAGACAACAUCCGAUUGUGGUCUAAGUCAUGCAUGGAUCGCGUCUGAUAUUCACCCUACAUGUACUACCGGAUGGAAGGACGGCAAACGCCAGAUUGAUAAGGAUGAUUAUCAUGUCACUGUGCGGAUGGGAUCCAACAGCAGAACUUGUAAUAUUCAUGGGCACAUCUACCUCAUUUGUGAAGGAAAUGAUAUGCGAAGAAACAUUGUUCGCGCCAUGAAGACAUCCGAACGAGGCAUUGUGGGCGGCACAAGCCCUCAACUAUUGGUUUGGGGCCCUUACGAUCCAAGUUGGCCCAGAGCGAAGACCCCAUUGCCGGAGCCGCCAUACAAGGUCAAAAAGGAUUCAAUUCUGGAAUUCCAGAACAAAGCCAGAGCUGAGGCUGCCGCCGCCGCGAACGCAUCAAACAGGAAGCGUUAA